AUGAAAGCUGGGAUCACAAGCGGCCCACUGCCCCAGAACGAGACAAAGCGGUCAGCAACUCUAGAUCCCCUCACCGCUCCUCCAUUUCCCUUGAAGGAAGCUACAGUCAAAGAGAGGCUGCAGAACCUACCCAAAACCACCGGACAAACAACACAAACAAGACACCGUAUAACCAGAGGGAGUCUUUCCCAAUCCUUACAUCAAGUCCACGCGAAACCCGUGACCGAAGAUCAAAUAACGGAGCGGGUUUGGGCGCAGAGCGCGAAUCACGACAUCACGAAUAGGUGCGAAGUCAAGGGGGCGUCUGCAUCCACAAACAUCACCAUCACUACUGGGUGCGACCAGAUAAAAUCGAAAUACCCCCCGAAGAGAGGUCAAGAGGCCGGGGAAGGCCUCCAGCGCAAACGCAGGCUAAGUCGGGUAAUCCACAACCUGAAGAGAUUUGGCACAACACCAAACAGCUUGGAAGCUUCCCCAGAGAAUCGCGGACUGAGUACAUUGCUGAAAUCGGCGUCGGCGAAAGAGAUUCAAGUGAUCAAUACUAUAUUGGAGAGUCUUCUGGAGGAGUCGAGAAAUCCACCACAGGCACAAGGGUGCGACACCAUGGAGGAACUAACAGAGGUACCAGCAAUGCAGGAACGAUGCAGCAGUUUGUCAACAUCCACUUGCACAUUGGGCGUCAAGAAAAUCGAAAAGGGGGAGAACACGGUGAAUAUUCCUCGGAAAGCCAGCACUCCAUUGAGCAAUCUGGAUCUUCUAUCUCAAAUAUAUAUGCCAGGAGUCAGCAAUCGAGCAGCGGAUCCCGGGAUGCACGUUCCAGGCAAUCUUCCAAGACAGUGGAACGCCGAAGACGGCAUCGCAGAUCUUUCCAGUAAUAGAUCCCAGCAGGAGGGUAUGACGGGAGGGUUGUGGGAUGCCAUCAAGGAGUUUCUGUGUACGAUCAAGGAGUACAACAUACAGCUUUUGAGAUUGUACUGGAAGGCGGUGAAGCCUGUCUUUGAUUGCAGUUCCCCGUACUGGAGAGGUACCGAUCGAGAAAGCGAUGCCUGGACAGAUUUGGCGAGCACUUGUCUCGCAUUGCCCCUUAUACUCGGGUUGUUGGUGAUAAUGGUUUGGGGUAUGGAGUUAACGGCAAUCACAAUGAAGUGCAGGGAAGAGGACUGGGAUUGUUCAGUUGACGAGGCAUUGGCGAUGUUUCGGCGGAGCUUGACCGGAGUCUAUAUGGACGACUAG